CUGAGAUAAGUUUUUGUGCUGAUAACGGAAUGUGAAAAAUCCUUUGAAUAUAUAUCUUUGUCUUUAUAAAACCAACAUUUCCCUACCUUUAAAAUUGAACAAACAACGCUCGGAAAAGGUGGCUUAUAAAUCGGAUUAAGAUGCUAGAAGGCCAGUCAUUGUAGCAUGCUGUCUCUCCACUAUUGACCAGAGCUUGUAUAUUGUAUAUCUAUACGGUAAAAAUAUGCAUCAUGAUGAGAUUGGGUAGACAGCUACUUGCCUGGCUCUGUGCAGUGGUGAUUGUCACCCUCAUUGUCCUGGACAUUCUACUACAGAAAUCCUGUCCUCAACUCCCUACUUCUGUCCGUGAUCCAGUGACGUCACGUGUACUAGUUCUGACCUAUCUCCGAAGUGGCUCGACCUUGACCGGGGAUAUUCUACAACAAUCGCCUAAAUCCUUUUACCUGUACGAACCCCUCAAGAAGGAUAAAUCCCAGAUCUUCUUCAACGAUUAUGCUUGCUUAACAUCCACUAAGAACUGUUCACAAUAUAAUACUAGUAAAAUUUUAGAGAUUUUUAGCGAUCUCUUCAACUGUCAUCUCAAGGGACACGAACAGCGAGUGUUAGGAAAGAGCACGGGAAAGCAAAGCUUGGCUGUAACUCGAGCAAUACCUGACUGUAAGGCCAGCCGGAGUUACGACAUCUGCAUCAAGAAAAUACAGAAAAUAUGCCACGAGUCCAAUUCAAUCAUCCUGAAAACAAUACGAGUAUCUAUGGAUCUUGUUCGUAGUCUUCUGAUCAAAUUCAAGGAUAUCCAUAUCGUCCAUCUGCUGAGAGACCCCCGAGGAAUCAUGUCCUCCCGAAGACGUGGUGGAUUUUUACGGAAAACCGACAUCGGAGUGAGCGCUAAGUGGCUGUGUGAAGUGUUUCGGAGUAACAUUUAUCAUUCCAAAGCUCUACAGAGUCAGUUUCCGAACCGCAUCACCACGGUGCUAUAUGAAGAUAUAGCGGAGAAUCCAUUCACUGUAUCAAAUGAAUUGUAUAGAAAUUUGAAUUUAGAGUACAGUGAAACUUUUGACGAAUGGCUUUUUAAUCACACUUCUGCUGGAAACACCAGUUACUCCUAUUACGGAACAGUCCGAUCAAACUCUAAAGAAACCUCCCAAUCGUGGAGGACGAAACUGAAAUUUCACGAUGUUAAAGUGAUUGAAAAUGUGUGUAAAGAUGUGAUAGAACGACUCGGUUUCAGGAAUGUUGUUGACGAGAAUGAUCUUAGAAAUAUUGAUAAUAGCUUAAGAAUUCGUAGUUUUAACUUAUAGGAAGUAAAUACAAAUGUAUGAAGUUGCUAGAUAUACCAUAUUCCAUCUCCAGAGAAAAUCUAAUAAACACCAAGUCAUGAUA